AUCAGUUGCACAUGUGUGUCUUUUAAUCACAACAUAAACUGUGCAAUUUUACAGCUGUAGUCUGUCGGCACGCGUAUUAACAGCUGAUUUUGGUGGCGACGUCGCCUCCGUCCUAUCACGGGUUGUUGAGUUUUGUUUGAUUCGAUUUUGAAUCCAAAUAUUUGCUUCGAUUGUAUGCCAUCAGUGAUGUAGCGCCGCACUAGAUAACGUGAGCUUGGAGAAAAGAUACCUGGUACUUAACGUGUUGUUAAAUUGAAACGCAGUGAACGUGAAGAGUGUUCGCUUAUCUAUACGGCAGUUUUAUGAGAUCAAACAAACUGCUGUGGAUGGGAAGCAUGAAAUGACAUUAUUCACAGUGAUAGUAAAGUGAGAACAAGUCGCGUAAUAUGGAAGCACCAAAGGUAAAGUUGUGUAACAACCCACGCCAAAAUGCAAACCUGCUCUCGGUGCUAACCUUCUGGUGGACGGUGGAUAUGUUCCGAAAGGGGUCAACCAAGACGCUGGGCUUAGCGGAUUUGUACAAACCACUGGAGGACGACCGGGCAGACAAAUUGGGUGAUCAAUUAGAGAUAAACUGGCAAAAACAGGUUCAGAAACGCAUACACAAUCCAAACUUACAACCCUCGCUGGUGAAGGCAAUAUUUCGUACUUUCUGGAAAGACUGGGCCAUUCUUUCCAUAAUCACAGUAUUUGGAGAAAUCAUACUUCGUAUUGCUCAGCCCAUUUUCCUCGGAAGACUGCUGCUGUACUUUAGACGCCAAUCGGAGAUUUCCUACGAAGAAGCAUUGUACUACGCAAUCGCCAUGAUCGCAGCCAAAGCGGCCAGUAUCAUUCUGGAUAAUCAGUACGCCAUCCUGACCUGUUUAACUGGAAUUCGAACGAAGAUUGCGAUGUGCAGCGUCUUGUAUCGUAAAUCGCUACGUCUGUCGCGGAACGCCCUAGGGGACACCUCACCUGGAAAGGUUGUCAACCUGAUGUCGAACGACGUCAAUCGGUUCGAUAUUGUAGCAUUUCUGAUUUGCUACAUGUGGGCUUCACCGAUUGUAACCGUAAUCGUACUGGUCCUCCUGUGGUACGAAGUCGGAUGGGCUGGACCCAUCGGGAUGGGGGUUAUCUUUGUGGUUACACCGAUUCAGUCCGUCUUCGGUAAGUUGACUUCGCGCUUCCGCCUGCAAACUGCGCUAAGAACGGACGAACGGAUUCGUUUGAUGGACGAAAUCAUAUCGGGAAUUCAGGUAAUCAAAUUGUAUGCUUGGGAGAAACCGUUCGCCCAGUUGAUCUCCGCCGCCAGAAGAGCAGAGUUGAAGAUCGUCCUCAAAAGCGGAUUUAUUCGAGGAUUGUACAUGACCUUUGUGUUGUUUACGACCCGGGCUGCCCUGUUCGCCACAAUGGUUGCGUUGAUAGUGAUGCAGGAAGAGAUAACCGCUGCCAAAGUGUUUGUAGUGGCUAGCUAUCUAAACAUUGUUUCGUACACAAUGUCCGGGAUGUUUGUGCGAGGCGUGGCAGAAAUAGCAGAAGGACUGGUUGCAACACGAAGGUUGCAAAAAUUCUUAGAAUUCGAAGAAAUCCAUCAAAAUGGACUUCCUUUAAAAUCCGAGGAAACCAAAACUGGUCAACCAACUGAAGCCAACACGGCAAUAUCCUUACGAGAGGUGACUGCUCGAUGGGUCAAACCAAAGGAGGGAGAUCAGAACCCCCGACCACUUACGUUGGACAAAUUGAGUGUGGAUAUUCCAAGAGGUCAGCUUAUUGGAAUUGUUGGUCCUAUCGGUUCCGGCAAAUCAUCCAUUUUUCAAGCGAUUCUUGGCGAACUACCUCUUGAGUCGGGACGGAUCGUGAACCAUGAAACGGUUUCCUACGUUAGUCAAGAGCCGUGGCUAUUCGCUGGUAGUAUUCGGCAGAAUAUUCUCUUCGGAAUUGCAAUGGAUAAAAGACGUUACAAGAAAGUGGUUCAUGUAUGCGCUUUGGAAGAGGAUUUGAAACAGUUUCCAGAUGGAGAUGAAACGUUGGUUGGCGAACGGGGCAUUUCUCUGUCAGGUGGACAGAAAGCUAGAAUAUGUUUAGCACGAGCAGUCUACAGGCAAUCAGGAAUCUACCUGAUGGAUGAUCCGCUGAGUGCAGUUGAUGCACACGUGGCAAAGCAUCUCUUCGAUCUAUGUAUCGGCGACAAAGGUUUUCUCGGCAGACAAGGUGCUACGAGGAUCUUGGUGACGCAUCAAGUGCACUUCUUAGUGGAAUCUGAUUGGAUUGUUGUGAUGAACGAGGGCAAAAUAGAAGCUCAAGGAAGACCGCAAGAUCUCAUGCAGAAAGGAAUCGACUUGGUGAAGUGGGUCGACUCAGAAUGUACCGAAAGUACAGAUGGCGAAUCUCAUUUAAGUAGACAAAGCUCGUGUAUUUCAGUAACAUCAUCAAAAUCGAGUUGUAGUGAUUUAAAAAACGAACCAAUGGAAGAAUAUGACAGUAAGAAAAUUGAACAGGCUUUCGAGAAAUCAUCGGAAGACACGGUAGCAGGAUCAAUUUUUAUGCAUUACGCCUCAGGAGCUGGCAGUUUGUUCAUUGCCUCCGUACUGGUGCUACUAUUUGUAGUUACUCAAUUGAUCGUUAGUUUUACCGAUUACUGGAUCUCUUUCUGGGUAUCACAGGAGGAGUUGAGAUCGUUUAUAAGCGAUAAUAACGGAACCCAUGUGAUUGAAAAUGAAUCUGAGAAACCUCUAGAUACGGAUAUUUGCUUGUAUGUGCAAGCCGCAGCAGUUGCCAGUAUUUUCAUAAUCGGCAUGACACGGGCUAACAACUUCUACCGAUCGUGUGCUCGUGCCUCGCAAACCAUCCACGAUUGGUGCUUCAAGGGUUUUAUCUCGGCAACGAAACGGUUCUUCGAUACCAACCCAUCUGGCCGGAUUUUAAAUCGUUUCUCCAAAGACAUGGGUGCGAUGGAUGAGAUGUUGCCAAAAUCGAUCAUGGAUGCUGCGCAAACCGUUCUGACCAUCAUCGGUGCCAUGCUGGUAAUUCUGAUAGUUCAACCGUUCUUUCUGAUACCGAUUUUGAUUCUGCUGGUGAUCUUACUGUACACCCGGUCGAUUUACAUGAAAACUUCGCAAAACAGUAGAAGACUGGAAGGAAUCACUCGAUCACCAAUCUUCAGCCACAUUGCCACUACUCUUAACGGUCUGCCAACGAUUCGUUCGUUUGGAGUGCAGAGACUUUUGAUGGGCGAAUUUGAUCAGCACCAGAACGUGAACACUGGGGCGUACUUCAUGUUCCAUUGUGGUAGAGUUGCCUUCGGAUUCGUGCUGGAUUUGAUAUUCUUUUUGUUCUUAGUUAUCGUUAUAUUCACAUUUCUACUGUUCGAGAAUACCGUCCUCGGCGACAAGGUGGGUUUGGUAGUUACUCAAAUAACUGCUCUAGCGGGAUUGCUACAGUUUGGCAUUCGGCAAAGUGCGGAAAUGUUCAACCAUUUGAUUGCGGUCGAACGGUUGUUGGAGUACAAAAAUCUACCAACAGAGCAGCAGCCUACCGAAGAUGCGGAACGAGUGAGAUCCGGGCAAUGGCCUUCGGAGGGUAGGAUAGAGUUAAGGAAGGUCAAUUUUAAGUAUUACGAGGGGGCUCCUUUGGUGCUUCGCGAUCUUAGCUUUGAGAUUAAACCUAGAGAAAAGGUAGGAAUUGUGGGUCGAACCGGUGCAGGGAAAUCCUCGAUCAUUGGGGCACUAUUCCGCACGGCUAUUCUCGAAGGAAGCAUCACGAUCGAUGGUAUAAACACGGUAGAGAUCACAUUGGAAACCCUCAGAUCGAAUAUAUCGAUCAUCCCACAAGAUCCGGUACUGUUCAGUGGAAGUCUGAGGAAAAAUCUAGACCCAUUCGAUAAAUAUUCCGAUUCGGAUCUAUGGCAAGCAUUGGAUCUGGUAGAACUAAAAGAUGUUGCCGAUGGCCCUGCAGGGUUGCAAACUUACGUCGCAUCUGGUGGAUCCAACUACAGCGUUGGUCAGCGUCAACUGCUGUGCUUGGCCAGGGCAGUUCUGCGAAGCAACAAGAUUCUUUUGCUCGAUGAGGCUACGGCCAAUGUGGAUCCUGAAACCGAUCGUCUGAUUCAGCAUACUAUCCGACAGCGAUUCGUCGGUUGCACGGUACUGACGAUAGCUCAUCGGCUCAAUACUAUCAUGGAUUACGAUCGGAUACUGGUGAUGAGUGAAGGCAGGGCAGUCGAAUUUGGUACACCGUACGAAUUGGUACAAACGGAGCAUGGAGUGUUCAGAGAAAUUAUUCUGGCAACCGGACCGGUAGAAGCAGAAAAUCUCAUCAACUUGGCUAGGAAGUAGACGUUGGAGAA